AUGCUGUUAGUCCAUUAUGAAGGAAGUGAUAGUUAAUGUAGUCACGCCGUGUGAUUAACUGGACACUAUUAUAGAUAUUAGGUGCAUUAUAUUAUUAAUCACCUUUCUUGAAGAAAACCGGUUGAUCAGGAAGAUUCCAGUUGAUUAGAUCUAGAUUGGACAUGUGUGCAGCAGGUGUGGAGACAGACAGCAGACUCCCCAAAGCCUGCAUGAACUGCUGUUUAUCAAAGAAAAAAAUCUACACUCAGUGAACUGCAAUUAUGCAACUGCGCCUUUGAUGCCAAAAUUUUUGGAGAAUUACUUUUCCUUUUCAUACAUUUCUAGUAACUACUUUUUCCUGGUCAGGGCCGUGGUGGAUCCAGGGCCUGUCCGGGGAACACUGGCUCUCUCUGUACUAUCACCCUGGAGCAUCCGGUGAAACACCAGCAACUGUGACUGUGGUAUGAAAACGGCUGUGUGAAGCUCAUAGCAGGCUGUAAACAGUUUUUGAAGACUCAGUGUUGCAGCAGAGCACGAUGCUGGGAUGUGAUGGGGAAUCAGGAACAAGGGUUCGAUACAAACUGACCCUUUUUACAGGACUGCUGGAGUGCCUGUGCUUUGCUGGGGUUGUGUUUGGUUGGGCUUCUCUUGUAUUUGUUCUGAAGACAGAUGGAUACUUUAAUGAUCUGUGUGUCAAUGUGACUCAAGCAAAUGGCACAACAGAUAAAGACUGCAGUGCUCAGGAUGAGCAGUUCUCUCUUAUCUUCACUGUUGCUUCCUUCAUGAACAACUUUCUCACUUUCCCCAACGGCUUCUUUUUUGACCUGUAUGGAACGAUGGCUACAAGACUUCUGGCAAUAUUCCUCUAUACCACAGGAACAUUGGUUGUGGCGUUUUCAAGUAAAGCUCUCUCCCUCUUGCUCUUCCCUGCUCUUUCUUUCAUUGCUGUGGGAGGCAUUUUGUUACUUCUCACAAACAUGCAGGUAGGAAAUCUUUGUGGCACUCAUCGCUCGACUAUCAUUACUCUCUAUAAUGGUGCUUUUGACUCCUCAUCUGCAAUUUUCCUCAUCAUCAAAGUCCUGUAUGAGAAAGGGAUUUCUCUUCAGACCUCUUUCCUCUUCCUGUCUGCCUGUGAUAUUGUUCAUCUACUGCGAACUCUCUUCCUUUUACCCAAAUCACACAUCCCUUAUCCAAUCCCAGAGAGCUACACUUACGGGGUAAGUUGUCGUAAAUCAAAGAGCUACAAUGUUGAAGAGUAUGAGAGCAAGCAGGAGUUGAAGUACAUACCAGACAGAGCAGGUCAAGACAGAAGCAGAGACAGUGAACCACUAAAGACUGAUGACUCGCCUCAAAUGGAGGACAGCUCAAGCAAAGACAGCAGCUUUAAAAGCUGUGUUCUGUCCUGGUUCUUUCUGUGGCAUCUGAUAUGGCUUUCAGUGAUGCAGCUGCGCCAUUAUCUCUUCAUUGGAACGCUGAACCCAAUGCUGAACCGACUGGCAAACCAAGACCCAGACACUGUUAGCCGGUACACCAAUGCGUUUGCCGUCACUCAGCUGACUGGGAUUCUCUGUGCUCCUUGGAAUGGCUUGUUAAUGGACAGACACAAGGGGAAGGCAUUGAAGCCAGGAGAGACAGAGAAAGAAGCUGACCUGCGCUCGUCCGUCCUGUCUCUCUUCCUCACCUCUUUGCAGUGCCUUCUCUUCUCUGUGUGUACAACCAUUCCUGUUCUUCCUCUGCAGUAUGCCACAUUCGUCCUGCAGGUCCUCAAUCGUUCCUUCCUGUAUGGCGGGAACGCUGCCUUCAUCAGCAUUGCGUUUCCUGCCCAACACUUUGGAAAGCUGUACGGUCUCGUGAUGUCCCUCUCAGCUGUGGUGUCAUUGCUGCAGUAUCCUUGCCUUGCCUUGGUCAAAACUUUCGGAGGGGAUCCCUUCUAUGUGAACCUUAUUUUGACCAUUCUUACACUAUUGGCUUUCAUCCAUCCUCUGAACGUCUUCCGGCACUGUAGAAGCCUGGCCACGCAGAGAGAAAACACACAGUGCAUGCUGCAUGCUGAUACUUCAAGAAGGGAAUCUAUACUAUAAAACCAGAUAAUUAUCAUGAUCAAAAAUUACAUUUCAUAUGGCUAUUUGUACAAAAUAAUGGAUUGAAAGAUUUUUUUUCUAUAAUGCAGUCAAUGUCAAAUUAUGCAGUUUACAUCAAGCCGAUCCAUGGGUUAAGGGUUAUUUUUAAAAAUCAAUAUAAUGCCAUUUUUUAUUCUUUUCAUGGAUACUAUCUAUAUUAAAAUGCCGCAAUACAGUA